UCUGAUAUUGUAAAACAAAAAAAAAAGCUCUGAAACACUAGAGGGUUUACACGAUAUAUAUAGCACAAGAAGCUUAUAUAAUUUGUUGACAUCUGUUCAUGUCUGCAAUUACAUUUUAAUUAAGGGCUCAUAAUAGGAAUGAUGACUUAUGAUGGCUUAGAAACUUGCAUCAUAAACAAUCAAUCUUUAGUAGAAGAAGAAAGUGGAACAAGCCGCGGUGAUGAGUGUUCGACUGAUUUAUUAGAUGAUGAUGCAUUUUUACGCUGUUCAUCAAGCAGAGAUGUGUCCGAGUCGUUUUCAUCAAAAUCGUUACCUAGGAAGACUAGUUCUGAUGACUGGGACUUUGAGAGGAGUCCUAAACACUUGUAUCGUAAGGAGAAACCUGGUUAUGCACUCUGCUGUUCUGAUGUUACUGACAUGAAGGAGAAAUUUUCAAAGCUAUUGCUCGGUGAAGAUGUCACGGGAGGAUGCAACGGUGUGCAAACCGCUUUAGCUUUAUCAAACGCUAUAACACAUCUUGCCACCUCAAUAUUUGGCGAGCUCUGGAAGUUGGAGCCUUUGUCAGAAGACAAAAAGCAGAGAUGGAGAAGAGAAAUGGAUUGGUUACUCUCUCCAACUAACUACAUGAUUGAGCUAGUUCCAGCUAAGCAAGAUGGUGAAAACGGAAGAUCACUUGAGAUUAUGACUCCAAGAGCCCGACCAGACAUUCAUAUGAAUCUCCCAGCUCUCCGGAAAUUAGACUCCAUGCUAAUUGAAACACUGGACUCUGCGGUAAACACAGAGUUUUGGUAUUCUGAAGUAGGUCGUAAGGCAGAGGGAAAGAACAAGAUUACAAGAGAGAGCAAAAGAUGGUGGCUUCCGUCACCUAAGGUUCCCAAACCAGGGCUCUCUAGUUCAGGAAGAAAGAAACUGGUUGAGGAAGGCAAUGUUGUUUAUCAAAUCUUCAAAGCUGCGAAAUCAAUAAACCAUAACGUGCUUCUUGAAAUGCCCAUACCUACCAUUAUCAAGGAUGCAUUACACAAGUCUGGAAAGACAAGCCUUGGGGAUGACUUGUACAAGAUGUUGGCUUCAGAGUCUGUCUCGGUAGAUGAAAUUUUUGUUUCUCUUAGGCUUGUUACCGAACAUGCUGCUCUUGAGAUAGUUAAUAGGUUAGAAGCAGCUAUCUAUGCAUGGAAAGAGAGGAUUACAGAAGAAGCAAGCAGUGGUAAACCGGAGAUUAGUCGCAUUGAGUUGCUUAUAAACAGGGCAGAGAGGCUUAAUGAUCAGAUUAAAUCCAAGUUCUCUAAUCUCCCUCAGUCAUUUCUUGAUGCCACAAAGAUCCAAUAUGGGAAGGAUAUCGGCCAUGCAAUUCUUGAGGCAUAUUCUCGGAUUCUUGCAAACUUAGCGUUCCGCAUUCUAAACAAGAUUGAAGAAAUCUUGCAAGAAGAUGCUCUGAGCAACCCCACUUCUCUUGGCUCCAACGAACUAUCAAGAAUCCCAGACUGGCUCAUCAUUUACAACAUAAACAAAGCCAAUAAUGGUACAAGGACUUCCUAAAGCCAACAGUGUCUCUCUAUAUAAGAAAGUUUUAUAGUUCGAUGCGUGCCACCUGAAGCUUCUUCUUUGUUCAAAGAGUUUCCUCGUCAAUCUUGCCAUCUUUGACGUGUAUAAACUUAACAAGAUUUUGAAAUCAGCAGGCUUUUUGUUCA